UAUCAAAAUAUUUAUUUCUCACACUGCCUGAUGAAAGGGUUCUUUUUCUGAUUUAUUUUAUUCGUUGAGUUGAGUUCAGGUAGUUUGUUUUAAAUUACAUUAAAAUAUCAUAGAGUGCAUAGUGCAUUUUCUGAUUCAAUUAAUAAACAUUGCAAUUUAAGGCAUUCUUUAAUUGCAAAAUAUUGAGAAAAUCCAACAAGUGUUAAAUUUGGGGUGGAAAACAUAGCCGUAAUUGUGAAAUUUUUACGGGAGCGAUAAUCACACUUCACAACCCCCUCGGUCGUGUGAAAGGGGUUAGGUUAUAAAACUAGGUGCUGCAAGGACGAGGAAACACCAUUAAUUAACCAACAUGGCUGAACAUCCCACAACACUGGAAGAAUGCAUUGCAUUGCCACUGAAGGAACCGGAAUUGUUGGAGGUCACAGAAAAGGCCAAAGAUUGGGCCAUAAUGCAUGGUGCUGCCAUGAGAUCUAAAACUAAUUUUAGUCCUGACUCAUUGAAUUUUGCUCCAUUCUUAUUGACACCAUCAUCUUUUCCCCGCAAAGAAUUCGAAAAAGCUGUGGCUUUGCAAACAAUUAUUAAUCGUCUGAUGCACAAUGUGGCUCAUGAUGAAGAGUUCCUAACAACAACACUGGCCGAAACCAUUAAAGUUGAUGAAUUCACAGCGAAUUUGUUUAAUGUCUACAAAAAGGUUUUGGCAAGUGGUUUUGGACAGCGCAUAUCGUUGGGUAUUUUACGAAGUGAUUUGAUGUUGGAAUCGAGCUGUAAAGACUUAUUAAAUGAAAAUGGAAGCAAUAAAGAAGAGAAUGAAAAACCCUGUGCCUACUGUUGCUGGAAACAAGUUGAAAUUAAUACAAUCGCAUCUGGUUUUGGUCAUUUAGGACCGGCCAGCAAAGCCAUACAAAGCUUUGUCUUGACCGAACUGGACCAAGCGGAAAAAUUGAAAAAUAUGCCCGAUAACCAGGCCCUGGCUGGCAUUUGUGGUGGCAUGAUUCGUGCUUGGGAAAUCUAUAAUAAUCCAAAGGCCGUCAUUAUGUUCAUUGUGGAAGAUGUCACCUAUAACAUAUGCGAUCAGCGCUUCCAUGAGUUUUAUAUUCGUGAAAAAUAUCCACACAUCAAAGUUAUACGUCGGACGCUUACCGAGGUUCAUGAUACUGGAAAACUUGGCCUGGCCAAGGAAUUGCUUAUAGGAGAUCUGGAGGUAGCUGUAAUUUAUUUCCGUGCCGGCUAUGAACCUGGCCACUAUCAUUCGCACAAUGAAUGGGAUGCCCGUUACUUAAUGGAAAGUUCCACGGCCAUUAAAUGCCCCUCAAUACAUUACCAUUUGGCGGGAACGAAAAAGGUGCAACAGGCGCUGGCCCAACCCGAAAUGUUGGAAAGGUUUAUAAGUGAUCCAGAGGAAAUCAAGGCAAUUGGUAAAAUAUUUACGGGUCUCUAUUCAUUGGAUGACAAUGAUGUGGGAAAUAAAACCUUUGAAAUGGCUCUCAAAGAACCGGAACGCUUUGUUCUGAAACCUCAGCGGGAGGGUGGUGGCAAUAAUGUUUAUGGCUUGGAUAUACCGGAUGCGUUGAGGAAAAUGUCUCGCGUUGAACGUUCCGCCUGGAUUCUAAUGGACUUGAUUAAACCACCCAUAUCCAAGGGCUAUAUGGUCAGACCUGGCGGUACAAUGCCUCCUCCCCUGGUUGAAGUCGUCUCGGAAUUGGGUAUUUUUGGUGUGGUCAUUGGUGAUGUGGAUAAUAUCAUCUGUAAUUAUCAAGCUGGCCAUAUGUUGCGCACCAAAGUUGCCACGGCCAAUGAAGGUGGUGUUGCCGCUGGCCUCGGUGCCCUGGACAGUCCGUAUUUGGUUGAUUGAUAAUUCCAUUUUAUUACUUUCUAUUUUUUGUUAUAUUUUUUAUAAAUAAUCAAUUAUUUUUGUAAAAUUCUUUUAUAGUAAGAAGAAGAAAAAUACGAAAUAUAUAUAAUGCUCUAA